AUGUCAGAAACAUCAGAAGCACCAAGUGAAACAACAAUCGAACCAUUUCUGUUUGAAAAAGUAUUAGAAGCAUUAGAUAAUGGAUGUAAAGAAACAAUAGAAUCUAAAGAUUAUCUUUCUUAUAGUACUUUAAUUGAUAUUUAUCUUAGUGAUCAUCAAAAGUAUACUAAUGAUGAAAAGGAAGAAUUAUUAAAACAUAUUUUAAAGAUUUUAAAUGAAAAUAAACAAUUAACUUAUGAAAUUGGUUGGGAUUUACCAAGUUUAUUAAUCCCUUAUAUUGAUUCACAAUAUGAAUUUGAUAAUGGUGUUAGAAAUUCUCCUUGUGUUUAUACUAUCUUAAAGAUAUUUGAAAGUUUAGCAUUUAAUGGGAAUCCCAAGGAAUUGUUUUUAAAAUGUUGUGAAUUAUUAACCACUAUUAAAACUAGUGAUUCAAAGCAAACUGAUAACAAGGAGUUUAGAGAACGGUUUUUUGAUAUUAAAUUAUAUUGUAUUUUUGAAUUAAUUGAUUCUUGUUUAAAAAGAAUUGAAACUUUAUAUCCUUCAAGAUUCUUAUCAAUGACUGUAAGUUCUUAUAUCAAUUUAGCUCAUAUUAAUUUAGUUCAAGAGAAAUGGAGUCCAAGAAAUCAAAGAUUUAUUUUAAAAAGAGCUUAUAGUUUCACAAGAAAUUAUAUAUCACCCAAGAUGCCAACUGAAAUUGAUCCACAAGUUACUAAAGAAGAAUUGAAAAAGAUUCAAGAAGAUGAAGAAUAUUUACAAAGAAAAUUAUUAACUGGGUUUUUAACUCAAUUAGUUGCGUUAUGUGGUGUUGGAGGUGGUGAAGGUUUCGCAAUGGAUCAUUUUAGUUGGUUGCAAAGUAGAGGAAAAUCUAAGAUUACAUUAGAAUAUGAAAUUGAUCCUACUUUAUAUAAUAGACUUGUUGAAUUGGCAUAUUCUUUUGAUAUUCCAUUAAAUGAUAUCUUUAACAAAUUUGUCAAAGAUUCAAAUAAAUUAUUUGAAGGAUUUGAUUAUGAUAUUGAAGGAAAUGAUGAAGAAUUAAGUGGGGCUAUAUUUGAAAAAGUAAUCAUUGAUUAUCAAAAAAAUGUUUAUUCAAGUAUAAUCGAUAGUGAUUCCAAAACUAUAAAUAAUUCCUUACUUGGUGAAUUAGCAUUGUUUACUCAUAAAAUCGCCAUUUCUAAAAAAUUUGAUAAAUUAAAAAUAUCCUUCUAUGAUGCUAUAGUUAUUGGAUUAAGAUUAUUGAUUCCACAAUUGGUUGAAUCUAAAUUCAUCACCGCACAAGCCCAAGAUAUUUCUGCAUUUUGGAUGUGGUAUGCAUUACAUCAACUGUGUACCCAAGGAAAGAAAAUCGAAAUUGAAGUUUCUAAAGUCCCAAGAGUCUUGUUAAUGACUUAUUAUCAAGGUCUUUUAUUCCUAAUUAUAGAUUGUCGUGAUAAACCAAAUCAUAGGUUUAUGUUAUUGACAUUAUUAACUAGGCUUUUGAUUGUGUCACCUGAAGAUAUUGGAUAUGAUUUCAUAAUGGAUACAUUGGAUAAUUGUCCAUAUGAAGGAAUUAAAGCUCCUGUUAUUGGGGUUUAUAAGGAAUUAUUACUUAAAGAGAAGGGGAGUACUUGUAUCAAUGAACUCACUGAUAAAUUGUCCAAAUCAACUCUUGAGGAGGUCAAGAAAGAAACAGGUGAUGAUGCUAAGAAAGAAGCAGGUGACGAUGCAAAGGAAAAGGCAGUUCCUCCUCCUUUGCCAGAAAGAAAGAACAGCGCUUCUUCAUCUGGAAAGUAUUAUACAUUCACAGAAGAAAGACUUGAUGAUUUCUUAGAAUUGAUUCUAAUUGCACAAUCAAACGCAUUCAUUUCUCAAAAUAAGGAAAUUUCAAUCGAUUCUACAAAAUUAUCCACAUUAGCUGCGGCGUUGAAUUUAUUAGUUGUCUUAAAGAAUGAUCCUGUGGUGGUUGAACAUAAAGAGAAAUUGAAUCGAGUUUUGAAAACAAUUGAAAAUAAUAUAAAUGAAAUCAAAACUAAACAUAAAGGAAAUGAAGAAAAUCUGUUUGAAUUAAAUGCAGCUGGGAUGCUUGAAAUUACAAUUGAAAGAUUUAAAGAAUAA